AUGUUCGAUAUUGCUCUCAAUCAGCUCUACGAAAACUCUACGUAUACCGAAUUUUUACUAGAACCUCUUCCAAUAUCAGAUAAAAUUUUGAAUCCACUAGCCAGUGUUGCUUUGCAUAAUGGUAACAAGACGUACUUCAUCAAGGAGAAAUGCCUAAACAUCGAGAAGACGAGACUGUGUAACAUUAACAACCUCAUAGAUGCAACCGAAGACUCAUGCUACUCAAAUUUGCUGAAAGGACUAUCAGGAAAUUGUACUUUCGUAAAAUGCCUUCAGCCUACGGAGAUAAGAAGAAUCACGGACAAUCAUAUCGUAACUACAAACACUCAGGACAUCGAAGUAGAUUCAAAUUGUGGACUCACCAAACGAAACAUAUCCGGUACAUAUUUGAUCGAGUUUCACAACUGCAGCAUCUUUAUAAAUGGCACCAGAUACAACAACGUCGAAGCCUAUAAGUCAGAACCGACAUUUGUAAUGCCUCUGGACGGUUUGCACAUUAACGAAAAGACCCUGGAAGUUCGUAACAUCGAUGAAAUCCACGUAAGAAACAUGCACUACAUCGAAACAUUGACAAAGGAACACAACAUACGGACAUACACAUCAUUAAGUAUGUCGACAAUCUGUAUCCUUUUAAGUAUCGUUACAGGCCUUUUCUGGAUACCAAGGAGACGCAAACAAAUUUCUCUUCACAUUGGAACAUCCAAGGAGUCUAAACCAUUAGGAUCGCUCGAAACCAGAAGUAUCUCAGUGAAUCGGGACGAUUCGUCUUCAAAAGGGGGAGUAGUUAAGAACGAACCCUCUUGGACCACAACCAACCGCUUCAUCGGUGCAUCUCUAUUAUCAUCAUCACCGUCAACAACAACAACAACAACAACAACAACGCCGAUGACGACGACUAAGACUCAGCAAUCGGCAUAG